CGAAGAGAAUUUCGUUGAGUGAUUAGUUACAGAGAAAAACAAAAACAAAAUAAAAUUUAAGUGACAAUAAGACGUUCAAUUGCCAAAGAAACAAAAAUGGAAUUGAAAGAUUCCAGUGGCAGUGACGAUGAUAAAUAUGUGAUUUUCAAACAAGAUGAUUUGUUUGCUGAAAGUUUCCCACUGAUGAAGGAGAUUCGAAGACAGGGCAAGCUUUGUGAUGUAACGCUAAAGGUGGAAGAUCAAAGUUUUUCGGCCCAUCGCAUUGUGUUGGCCAGUACAAUUCCCUACUUUUAUGCAAUGUUUACCCAUAACCUUGUCGAAUCCCGAAUAAAAGAAAUUGAAAUGAAGGAAAUCGAACCACAAGCUCUCGAAAGUCUAAUUAACUUUGCGUACGGCGGUGUUGUAAGGAUUGACAAUCAAAACGUUCAAGGUCUAAUGGUCGGAGCGUCGUUUCUUCAAUUAAACAAAGUGCGGGAUGCGUGUGCUGAUUUUCUGAUUUCAAGGUUUCACUCUCACAACGUUCUGGGAAUCCGACAAUUUGCCGAUUCGUUAGGAUGUCCACAUCUGGUUAGUGCCGCUGAAAAGUACAUUCAUCAGUAUUUCUCGAAAGUAGCCCAAUCAGACGAAUUCACCGCUUUGGCGUUCGAUGAACUCAUUGACAUCGUACGACGUGACGAACUGAAUGUACCGACAGAAGAAAGUAUUUUCGAAGCCUGCAUGAAAUGGAUCAAAUUCGACGAGACGCGGUCUUCGAUGCUGCCGCAGGUUUUGGCCAAAGUGCGUUUACCGCUACUCACUCCACAAUUUUUAGCCGAUCGUGUUGCAACCGAGGACUUAAUACGGACUUCGCACCAAUGCCGCGAUUUAUUAGAUGAAGCUAAGGACUUCCAUUUGAUGCCUGAGAGACGAGGAUUGGUUCAAAGCUACCGCACAAAACCGCGAUGUGGUGAUUAUGUAGUGGGUCAAAUCUAUGCUGUCGGUGGAUUAACAAAAAACGGGGAAUCCGUUAGUACGGUAGAAAUUUACGAUCCAGUCACCAAAGAAUGGCGAAUGGGUGAAGCCAUGUCGAUGUUGCGAUCGCGAGUGGGGGUAGCAACUUUAAACGGUAAAUUGUAUGCUUUCGGCGGAUUCAAUGGCAGCGAAAGAUUAUCUACAGUGGAAGUAUAUGAUCCCAAAGCAAAGGCUUGGUAUCAAGGCAAAGCAAUGCUGUGCAAACGUAGUGCUGUUGGUGUUGCGUCACUGGACGAUUACGUUUAUGUUUGUGGUGGAUACGACGGAGUAACUAGUCUCUCUACAGUAGAAUGUUAUUGUCCGAAAACCGACAAUUGGGUGACGGUCAAACCGAUGAUGAAAUAUCGAUCAGCUGGUGGAGUGUCAGCGCUUGGUGGCUUUGUGUACGCGUUGGGAGGACACGAUGGUUUAUCAAUAUUCGAUUCCGUUGAACGCUACGAUCCCGUAACGGAUACCUGGACAAAAGUGGUUCCUAUGCUGAAUCGCCGGUGUCGACUUGGUGUAGCCACGUUGAAUGGAAAAUUAUACGCAUGCGGAGGGUACGAUGGCAAUCAAUUCUUACAAUCCGUUGAAAUGUACGAUCCGAACAAAGAUGCAUGGAAAUUGGUUGCACCGAUGAACGUGAAGAGAAGUCGCGUUGCACUGUCGGCGAACAUGGGCCGAUUAUACGCCAUCGGCGGGUAUGAUGGUGAAUCGAAUCUGUCCACGGUCGAAGUAUAUGAUCCGGAAACGGAUUCGUGGACAUUUAUCGCAUCGAUGUUGUUCCAUGGUGGCGGAGUUGGGGCUGGCGUUAUUCCAAUGACAUGAAUUUAAUGCACAGCGUAGACUGUUAAACGAGAGCCAGUGAAUCGUUGAGCACGAAGCCAGCCAUCAAAUCAACACUGUCGCCGCAAAAUGUAAACUUCUCUCUAGAAACACACUACGCUCUUGUAACAUUAUGAUCUUUUAGGCUAAUUUGCAUUUAUGUACCUUAUAGAUCGCUCUCGAACGAUUAUGUUGUUUGAGCAGAUGAUCUAAGUCAUGUACAGUUUCACUUGAUGUUGCCAAUAAAGUUUAGUUAGUCCGUAAAUCA